CUUCUCAAUCACUGAUGUGAAGCUUUCAGGGUUUUCCAAAAUCAAAACCCAUGAAGCUCUACAGAGACUACUCCCCCAAUCACUCCCAGAGAGCCGCCUUGGCUGCCCUCUUCCUCCUCCUCUUCCCCACCUUCUUCCCCAGUCUCUUCGGCCCAUUGGGCCGCGCCUCUCCUUCCAUCUUCUCUGAAUGGAAUGCUCCAAAGCCCAGACAUGUACAUCUUCUAGAAGCAGCCUUAUCAACCCAAUCUUCUGUUGAGCAACAGAUCAAGGUUUGGGCUCCAUUGGGGAAUCAGGGAUGGAAGCAUUGCCCUGAUGAGCCUAAAAGUGCUUCAUCGAGGCCGAUAGGAUCAAAUGGGUAUAUCCAGGUGUUCCUUGAUGGAGGCUUGAACCAGCAGAAAAUGGGGAUCUGUGAUGCGGUGGCUGUUGCUAAAAUCUUGAAUGCAACUCUUGUUCUACCGCACCUUGAAGUCAAUCCUGUGUGGCAAGAUUCGAGUUCAUUUGAGGAAAUCUUUGAUGUUGAUCACUUUUUAGACGUCUUACGCAAUGAAGUUUCUAUAGUUAAAGAACUUCCUAGUGAGUUCUCUUGGAGCUCUAGAGAGUAUUAUGCUACGGGCAUACGGGCUACUAGAAUUAAGACGGCACCUGUUCAUGCUCCUGCUGAGUGGUAUCUGGAAAAUGUCUUGCCCACAAUGCAGAGUUAUGGAAUUGCUGCUAUUUCCCCGUUCUCCCAUCGUUUGACUUUCGACAAUUUGCCUGAAAGCAUCCAGCGGCUGCGUUGUAAAGUGAACUUUCAAGCUUUAGCCUUUGUUCCUCAUAUUAGGGAAUUGGGAGAAACUCUUGUUAAUCGUCUCCGCAACCCUCCUAUAAGAAACCAAAACACUGACUCACAAGAGGGAAGAAAUGACCUUGAUAAACAGGGAGCUGGGAAGUUUGUUGUUUUGCAUCUCCGCUUUGACAAAGAUAUGGCUGCUCAUUCCGCCUGUGAUUUUGGUGGUGGUAAAGCCGAGAAACUUGCUCUUGCAAAAUAUCGACAAGUAAUUUGGCAGGGAAGAGUGUUAAAAUCUCAGUUCACAGAUGAGGAGCUGAGAAUUCAGGGGCGUUGCCCUUUGACUCCUGAAGAAAUUGGACUGUUGCUAGCAGCUCUGGGCUUCAACAAUAGCACUCGGCUCUAUCUUGCUUCCCACAAGGUUUAUGGUGGAGAAGCAAGGAUCUCAACUCUGAGAAGACUAUUUCCACUAAUGGAGGAUAAGAAGAGCCUUACUUCCGCUGAGGAAAGGGCCAUGGUUGAAGGCAGGGCUUCUCUGUCAGCUGCAGUUGACUAUUAUGUGAGCAUGCAAAGUGACAUCUUCAUUUCUGCUUCUCCAGGAAAUAUGCACAAUGCACUGGUGUGUCAUCGAGCUUAUAUGAACUUGAAGACUAUUAGACCAAGCAUGACCCUGUUGAGUAAGCUAUUCUUGAAUAAGAGCAUGCAGUGGUCAGAGUUCCAACAUGCAGUUUUGGAUGGGCAUAAAAACAGACAAGGGCAGAUCAGGUUGAGAAAGGAGAAGCAAUCCAUAUACACAUAUCCUGCUCCUGAUUGCAUGUGUCAAACUUAAUUGACAUAAAUAUCAAUUGUGGUUCUACAUUGUUAUCGGUACUGAAAUCACAGGUAGGUUUUGUAGGUUGUCUCAUUAUUGUAGUCUUCAUUUAGGUGAUUAUUGUAUAUUGAUGCCUGAAUGGCAAGCCUAGGCCGUCACCAGUGAAUGAGACCUCCAAUAUGAGCGUAGAGACUGCUUUAUUUAAGAUCUUAGUUGUAAAAUUUUGAAUAGGCUAAAGUUCUGUUGGUGCCUUCUGGGACUGUUUUCUAGCAAC